AUUCGAUUCAAACGCUGGGGCACUCGGCAGUUAGUCAGAGUCAAUUUAUUCACUCGCUUCUUUGCAGUGCCGUACAACGCUAGUUUAAGUUUCUUUACGGAUUGUACAAAGGUCCCUCCAAACUCCUAGAUUAAGGAGGAUUAGGGAUUAAGUCAGGUUUAAUAUCACCAAUAGGAUGACACGGAUUUACGCUCUCCUGGCUGUAGCAUUGCUGGUAACUCAAGUGCUAUCAGCUCCCGUAGCCAAACAAGACGUUGGAGAAAGGAAAGCAAAGAACAAAGAGGCUGCCAACCUCGAGGAGGAGUUACAUAAACAGGCCGGUGAGGGUAAGAAAGAUACGCCCGAAACCAGCGAGCCAUCCCCCGGGCACAAACCCCGCGGUGCUCUCGGCCAGCUUAUGCAGGCUGCGGCCGAGGAGGAAGAGAGCCAAGAAGAAAAAGCUGCAACGACGAAAACGGAGGAAGAUGCAAAGCUGCAGAAUGUGAUAUACAGUAUUUAUAAUAACCCCGAAGUCUUAAAGGCCUUACUAAGAGCUGGUGAAACUAAAGAAUCCAACGAGGAGGUUGCACCACCAAUGCAAAAUGGUAUAAAACGUGAUGAUGAGGAAGAAGAGCUUAGGAGUAAUAUCAUUAAAAAAGAUGGCGAUGAUCUCUACCAGCCUGCCAGCGACCCGAACAUGGACAUGCUACUAGAUCGAUACGAGGACUUACCCGAUGACAGCGCUUUAUAUGAGGAUGACCGGCAAUACAAUAAUGUGGCGGACCCCGACUACCCAGACGAUAGACUGAUGGCUGAGGAGGUGCAUGCCUUGGAGGGGAUGGAGCCGAACAUGAACGGCAUCGAGGUGGAGGACGAGAACGAGAAAGACGAAGAUGACAGCGAGGAUCACGAUGACAACGAGGAGGAAAGCACAACAAAAUCCGCGUCCAAACAAUAGAGAGUCUCUGAAGGACACUAUAGAUACUAGGCAUUAUGCAAUUUCUCCUUUUCGUUCAGCUUCUUAUACUUGAUACAGUUACUUUUAACUUCGAAACCGGUAUGUAUUCGCUGUGUGUUAGCUAAACUGUGCCUGCACAACAACAUCGUUGAACUUCCUUAUACCACGUGACUGGUCCGUCUGCAGGCUGGCCUUGACCCAGUCUCCGUGAAAGAGGUCUGACAUCGCUCUUUGUUAUUGGAGAUUGAGAUGGUGGCUCCCAAAUAGCAAGGAGCACCCCUGUGGCAGACCAGGAUGACAUUGAUACAAAUAAGUAGUUGGAAGAUGUCCGCACUUUCAAAGCAGUUAUGAACAGUUGCUUGUCGACUUGGCAAAACUUGGAACAAAAGCAUAGAUGUUUAUCUGUAUCAAAGCCGUGUAUAUUCCAUCGUAUUGUGGUCGAUCGUCAAAAAAUGUUGUAGUUUGAUAUAAAAAGACUUCCCGUUUUAUAAACCUGGGAAGGCCAUUUUCUUUGUGACUGAUAACGCAUAAUCCCCCUCAUAUCCAGUGAUGGAUGACAUGUAUCGACUUGCCAUCUCAUUUUGCAAUUUCGAAAAA